UCAGAGUAUAUGUAGUUAAUGAUGUGUUUUGCUUUGCCUAACAAAAUCUUUUCUUCAAUUAACAUAUAUACCAAUCCAAAUUUUUGUACUUUUCCGUAAACAUCUACUCAUUUGUCCUUGCUUUCUAGACAUUUUGCGUCUGACUUCACGAGAAAUGUAUGAGUAUGACCUGCUACGGACCACAUAAACCUUAUCAACUGUUUUUUUCUGCCCCGUUUAUAUUCUCUUCAUAAAGCGACCUCUCAUGCCAUUACAACGGAAACAAAAGAUGCCUUCCACAUGAUUUCUCCACUCCAAUCAUACAUACUUCAACACUCAAUAACAAACAAGGCCGCCUCCUCCCCUCGACCUCAUCGACCAAUGCCUCCCUCACCCCACCCUCUCCACUUCCUUCUCAUCCCACUCAUGUCUCAGAGCCACAUCAUCCCCUUGACCGACUUCGGCAAGCUCCUCGCGCAGCGCGGCCUCAUCGUCUCCAUCAUCACCACGCCCCGCAACUUCACCCGAUACAGCGCCGCCAUCGCCCACGCCGCCAGCACUGGCCUCCAAAUCCGGAUGAUUCCGCUGGAAUUCCCGGGCGACGAGGCCGGCCUCCCCCGGGGCUGCGAGAACAUGGACUCCCUAACCUCCAUGGACCUCGCCCCCGAGUUCUUCGCUGCGUGCGAGAUGCUCGAGGCGCCGCUGCUGAAGCUGAUGGCCGAGCUGCGUCCGAGGCCGAGCUGCGUGGUCUCCACCAACGCUCUGCCUUGGACGCAGAGGGUCGCAGACAGCUUCAGCAUUCCGAGGUAUAUCUUCGAAACCAUAUCGUGCUUCACUCUGUUCUGCUCCCACGUGCUGUCUCUUGACAGCACGCAGGAGAUGAUCGCGGCAGCAGAAUCCGACUCAGAGCCGUUUCUGGUGCCGGAUAUACCCCACAGAAUCGAGCUCACCAAGGCGCAGAUGCCGCAUCAGGCCAAGAAGAAAUCGUCCGACAAUAACAUCGAAACAGUCAUUGAUCAGAUUAAAAAAGCUCGAAGCUUUUCACGAGCUACGCUCGUGAACACCUUCGAGGAGAUUGAGUCUGGAUACGUCGAGGGGUAUGCAGAGGUGGCACGAGCGCUCUGGUGCAUCGGCCCAGUGUCCGUGUGCAACAAGAGACCCAAUGAAAAACUCGACAGAGGAAACAAGGCCUCCAUCGACGAGCGCCAGUGCAAGUCGUGGCUCGACUCAAAAGAGGCCGGGACGAUUAUCUACGCGUGUUUCGGAAGCUUAUGCCGAAUCUCAGCUGCGCAGAUCAAGGAGAUCGGGUUAGGGCUGGAGGCCUCGGGUUUCCCUUUCAUUUGGAUCAUAAGAGACGCUUCUCUAACCGCAGAAGUUGUGGAAUGGUUGGAGGAAAAAAAUAAUAGUCUCGAGGAGAGGGGACUAAUCAUUCGCGGGUGGGCCCCGCAGGUGAUGAUACUGUCGCACGCGUCGGUGGGAGGGUUUCUGACGCACUGUGGGUGGAACUCGACUCUGGAGGGGGUGAGCGCGGGCGUGCCCAUGAUAACGUGGCCCAUGUUCGCGGAGCAGUUUUACAACGAGAAGUUCAUCGUGCACGUGCUCGGGACCGGGGUGAGGGUCGGGGUCGGGGUCGAGACGGGAUCGGGGAAGGGAGAUGAGAAGGGUGCGUUUGUGAAGUGGGAUCAGGUGAAGAGGGCGAUCGAGGAGUUGAUGGAGGGAGAUGAGGAGGGAAGAGAGAGGAGAAGAAGAGCGAAGGAGUUGGGGGAGAGGGCAAGGGAGGCGUUGGAAGAAGGAGGGUCUUCUUACAGGAAUAUUAUGUUGUUGAUUCAAGAUGUAGAGCAGCAAGUUAUGGAAUUAGGAGUGAGCACUGAAGAUGGCUCCCGAGGAUUUUCUUCUUUUGUUCUAAGCAAGUAAUGGAAUUCCGAUUUAAUGAAGGAGAAUAGAUUUAUUCUGAAUGAGGGAGUGACGCAUAAUGGUUGUGCGUCGUUAUUAAUGAAACGCACAAUCCUUAUGCGUCGUUCUUUAAUGACGCACAAGGAUUAUG